GUGGGUUUUCUGCUCUGGCAUGUACUCUCCUUGUUCUAACCAGUGUAUGUUAGCAGCCAGCACGCUUUACAGUGACAUGAAUCAGGAUGUCGGCAGUAUUUCAAGCAGUAUUUAUUCCUAGGAUGUCUCAGCCAGUAUUUCUUGCCUGUCAUUAAUUGCCUUUGAGAAGGUGUUGUAAAACCCAUCCACGUUUCCAUUACUCUGGCUCGAUGAGAGCCUAUUCUUAUUCUCCGAGUGGCCAGUGAGGUACAAGACAGCAUGGACAUGGUGAUGAACGUAACAUUGGAUGAUGAGACCCUGGAAAUGCUGGGCAGUGCUGUAAUCAGAAUCACCCUCCCCACUGUUUACCUAGCCAUCAUCCUCAUCAGUUUACCUGGCAACGGAAUCUCCCUCUGGCUACUUUGCUUCCACACCCACCCAAAGACUCCUUUGGUCAUCUUCAUGAUCAACCUGACCAUUGCUGACAUCCUGCUUGCUUUUUUCCUCCCCUUCCAGAUUGCAUAUCACUUGAACGACAAUAACUGGGCCUUUGGCAAGAGCCUCUGUACAUUUGUUACCACCUUGUUUUAUGUCAAUAUGUACUGCUCCAUUUUGACAAUGACUUGCAUCAGUGUUGAGCGCUAUAUUGGGGUGGCACACCCAAUGUGGUACACUCAAGGGUGGAAAAAACCACAUGCAGUGACUAUUUGUUUUGGGAUAUGGUUAAUUUUAAUCGUAGUUUUGUUGCCCUUGGAAUACAGUGAUUUAACAUUUGAAGUCCAGCCGCUCAACAUUACCACUUGCUUUGAUGUUCUUAAAAGAGACAUGCUUCCCAACAAUAAUGCAUGGGGGUUGUUCCUCUUCACUCUGUUUGUAUUGCUGUUUCUGAUCCCAUUUACCAUUAUCGUCUCAUGUUACACACUAGUAAUACUAAAGCUCUCCCAAACCUCUCACAUCGCUCAAAGUGAGCAGAAAAAGCGAGCUAUUUGUUUAGCUGCUAUUGUGCUCUUGGUCUUUGUCACAUGCUUUGCCCCCAACAACAUCACUCUCUUAAUCCACAUUAUAUGGAGACUUCUGUAUGACACAGGAUGCUACACAGCCUAUAAGCUGACCCUGUCACUAAGCUGUUUGAACAGUUGUCUCAACCCAUUUAUUUUUUGUUUUGCUUCAACAGACUUCCAAAACCUUUUCCACCGUUUAAUAGGUAGGCAACAGUCAUUCAGUCAAACAGCACAGUAGAGGUUCUGACAUUGAGAUUAGUCUCCAUUUGGACUUUGCAAAAUAACUGGCUUUAUCAAGGGACCAAGUCCACUAUUCAGGAAAAACUCAAAAAUAAAUCUCCAAGAUAUUCCCUACAUGUUAAGCCCACCUACAACUGGGCCAUGAAGACUCAGCAAGAUUAUGGUUUACUUUCAGUCCAUUGAGUUGGUCUGUCCACUGUAUUAUAGUUGGUCUCAACAACAGUGGAUUAGGGAGGGAAGUAUAAGAAGGAUUUUCACUCCUGACUUAUUGUCCUGUGUCACCCCUGGAAAGCACCCACAUCACCAACACCUCAACUCCCCCCACUCCCUCCCACACCCUCCCACACCAACUCCUUCCUCAUCUCACUCUGUGAAUAGAACCAAAUAUGGACAUGAGAUCCAUCAAGAAUAAUCUGCCAACAUUUAUUGUCUAAGCUCACACAGACUGAGUGAAAAUUUGAGGGAGGGACAUUAUGAGGUGUUCUGAAAGUGAGAAUAUUGGUAAAGCAACGAAAGGAAACAAACAUUAAAUUGUUUUACUAGUUGCUGCAGGUCUUCAUCUGGCUAGUUGAAUACCUUUGAUUCUGAGUGCUUCCACUGAAGAUUGUGACUGUAUCAUCAAGGAGAGCUACAUCAUCAGAGUUCCUGUUCAAGAUAUACAUUCUAUAUAUCCCACAUAGUCAAGAAAGAGAUUAUUAAGUCACCAAAGGAUAUGGCGAGAAAACAAGAACAUGGCAUUGAGAUAAAGGAUCAACCAUAAUCAUUCUGAUUGGUGGAGCAGGCUCGAAGGGCUGAAUGGUCUGCUGCUACUCCUAUUUCUAGGGGAUAUGGAUCAUAACCAGACACAUCGAGUUAGAUCACAGAUCAGCUAUGAUCUCAUUGAAUGGUGGAAUAGGCUUGAGGGAUGGAAUAGCCUAUUCCUGUUCUGAUGUUCCUCAAUUCCAAUGUUUCAGAAGAUCCCCACAGCCCAUUUGUGAGGAUGUUAAAAAUUCUUCAACACUCUUUGUGGAAAAGCAGGAAUGUCCUCAUCAUCAUUCCAUUCUUAGUCGAUUCAAUUAAAAGAAAUCAGAUUUACCAGUCAUUGCUAUUUGUAGGAGGGUACUAGUUCAGUGGUUCCCUUGUCGAUCUACAUGACAAUAAUCAGAACUGAUUCAAACAAGCAGUUGUAGAUAUUUCUAAAAAACAUGAGAUGAUGUUAACUGACAAUAAGUAUUAACUAGGCCAGGGUCUCAUAUCAAACUGUUAUAAAGUCCACCUGGAAACGUUGCUUCUGCAUAUUUUUUAAUUGUAUGAUACUUCACCACGGCAAAAUGCAGUUCCUAAGGAAAUCCCAUUUGUAAUUGAUGAAUUGCUAGAAGUGACACCAAUGAACAUGACCUUUUGAGUGACAUUACAUUUGUUCUUUUUGAUGUGACUUGUUCUAGCUCUGGAAGAUAAGCAAAAAUGGCAUACAAGAAAUCCUACUGUUGGUAAUGAUGCUGACAGUCUGCAGGACUAAAUUCAUGAAGACUCUGUCUACAAUCUGAGAUCAUCAACCUUCCUUUCAGUUUUCAGUUGGAGAGCUCUCAUUUGGAAAUAUGGUUUUUUGCAAAAUAAUUAGACAGCUUCAGAAUUGCAUCCGUAAAGGUACAAGCAUCACUAACUAGAAUCAUAAAGUCAUAGAGAUGUGCAGCACGAAAACAGACCUUUGGUCCAACUCGUCCAUGCCAACCAGAUAUC